AACUUCUCACAUUGCCUGUUUUGAUAUUUCUGGGACAGGCUGCAGCUGCGUUGGGCAACUUUAAAGAGUGUGAUCCAGGAACUUAUUCCUAUUUUCCAUUCAGAAGAUGCGUAAAAUGGCCCCAGAAAACAAUGAACUGCUCUUCUUUGUAAAUGGCAAGAAGAUAGUGGAGAAGAACAUGGAUCCAGAAACUACUUUGCUAAUCUACCUUCGAAGGAAACUGGGCUUGUGUGGAACCAAAUUGGGCUGUGGAGAAGGAGGCUGUGGUGCUUGCACAGUCAUGAUUUCCAGGUUUGACAACUUCCGAAACAAAAUCAUACAUUAUUCUGCAAAUGCAUGUUUAUUCCCUAUCUGCGCCCUCCACCAUGUAGCUGUAACUACUGUUGAAGGCAUUGGAAGCACCAAGACAAGGCUGCACCCUGUACAGGAGAGAAUAGCCAAAAGCCAUGGAUCACAGUGUGGUUUCUGCACUCCUGGCAUUGUCAUGUCCAUGUAUACAUUGCUUCGUAAUCAUCCUCAGCCUAGAAUGGAAGAAAUUGAAGAUGCUUUUCAAGGAAAUCUCUGCCGCUGUACAGGAUACAGACCCAUCCUGGAGGGGUACAGAACAUUUGCAAAGGAAGGAGGAUGCUGUGGAAAACUAGUCACUGGAAAAGGUUGCUGUAUGGCUGGAAAAGAAAAAAAUGUGGUUCAAGGGUCCAAUGAUAAAGAAGUCAAUGGCCUAGACUGUUGCAUGAAUGAAAAAGAAGGCAAUUCAGAACUGAUUACCACAACUCUGUUCAAUACAUCUGAGUUCCAGCCUUUAGACCCUACUCAGGAACCUAUAUUCCCACCUGAAUUAUUGACACAGAAAAAGCCUAUUGAGCCACUGUAUUUCAAAGGCGAGCGAGUGAUGUGGUUGCAACCAUCAACUCUCAAGGAACUUGUUUCUCUGAAAGCUCAGCACCCUGAUGCCAAGCUUGUAGUAGGGAACACAGAAGUGGGUAUUGAAAUGAGAUUAAAGAACAUGCUGUACCCUGUGAUUAUAGCCCCAACUUGGAUCCCAGAAAUGAACUCUGUUCAGCAUACAGAAGAGGGAAUCAGAUUUGGUGCCUCCUGUAGCCUGAGCUGUGUGGAAGAGGAACUCAGGAAAGCAGUGGACAAGUUUCCUUCUUACCAAGUGGAGGUCUUCCAAGCAGUCCUAGAACAACUGCGAUGGUUUGCAGGGCCUCAGAUCCGCAAUGUUGCAGCUAUUGGUGGAAAUAUAAUGACUGCAAGUCCAAUAUCUGACCUAAAUCCAGUGUUGAUGGCAACGGGGAGCAAAUUGACUUUGGUGUCAAGUGAGGGCAGCAGGACAAUAAGGAUGGAUGAAAAAUUCUUUACUGGGUAUAGAAAAACUAUACUGAAGCCUCAAGAAGUGCUGCUUUCAGUUGAUAUUCCAUUCAGUAGGAAGGGUGAAUAUUUCUCUGCCUUCAAGCAAGCUUCAAGACGUGAGGAUGACAUUGCCAUUGUGACUUGUGGAAUGAGAGUUCGGUUUCAAGAGGAAACCAAUCGAUUAGAAGAGAUUAAGCUGAGCUAUGGUGGAAUGGCUCCCACAACAGUCAUGGCUGUAAAAACCUGUCAGGAGCUGAUUGGGAGAGAGUGGAAAGAAGAACUCAUGCAGGAAGCUUGCCGUUUGCUGGCUGAGGAGAUGAAUCUUUCCCCUUCAGUCCCUGGUGGCAUGGUGGAUUUCCGUCGAACUCUCGUGCUCAGCUUUUUCUUUAAGUUCUACCUCACAGUGCUUCAGAAACGAAGUGAAGAAUUAAAUGACAAUAAUAAUUUGAGCAAUUCGAUCCCUCCCACACAUGCUAGUGCUACUAAAUUAUUUAAUAAGGAUCCUGUUAGCAACAUCCAGCUUUUUCAAGAAGUGCCUAUUGAGCAAUCCAUUGACGAUACCGUGGGACGACCCCUGAUGCAUUUGUCAGCUGCCAAGCAGGCAAGCGGAGAGGCAGUCUACUGUGAUGACAUUCCUUCUUAUGCAAAUGAACUCUACCUAACCCUGGUUACCAGCACCAAAGCCCAUGCUAAAAUUAUUUCCAUUGAUACCACAGAGGCUCAGAAUGUACCUGGCUUUGUGUGUUUUGUCUCUGAUCAGGAUAUUCCAGGAAGUAACAUUUCUGGAAUUUUUAAUGAUGAAACCAUCUUUGCAAAACACCUUGUGACAUGUGUUGGGCACAUUAUUGGUGCAGUAUUAGCAGAUACACAGGAACAUUCCCGAAGAGCUGCUAAAGCAGUGAACAUCACAUAUGAAGAGCUUACACCAAUUAUCACUAUCCAGGAAGCCAUUGAGAAAGAGUCUUUUUUUAAGACUGACAGGAAGAUUGAAAAAGGAAAUAUCCAGAAAGGUUUUGAAGAGGCCGAUCAUAUUGUGGAAGGGGACAUGUACAUCGGUGGCCAGGAACAUUUUUAUCUGGAGACUCACUGCACAAUUGCUGUACCAAAAGGAGAAGAUGGAGAAAUGGAACUCUUUGUAUCCACCCAAAACUUAACAAAGACACAGGAUCUUGUUGCUAACGCUUUAGGAGUUCCAGCUAAUCGAAUUCUGGUUCGUGUGAAGAGAAUGGGAGGAGGAUUUGGAGGGAAAGAAUCCAGAAGCAUUAUCUUGUCUACAGUUGUUGCAGUAGCUGCUGCUAAGACUGGCUGCCCAGUACGAUGCAUGCUUGAUCGAGAUGAAGAUAUGUUGAUUUCUGGUGGAAGGCACCCAUUUUGGGCACAAUAUAAGGUUGGCUUUAAGCAAAAUGGAAGGAUUACUAGCCUAGAUGUAUCAUAUUACAGCAAUGGAGGAAAUUCUGUUGAUCUUUCCCAUGGGGUUAUGGACAGAGCUGUGCUUCACAUGGACAAUUCCUACAACAUCCCAAAUAUCAGAGGUAUCGGUAUCGUCUGUAAAACGAAUCUGGCCUCCAACACAGCCUUCCGUGGAUUUGGGGGUCCCCAGGGAAUGAUGGUUGCUGAAUGCUGGAUGAGCGAGAUAGCCUUGAAGUGUGGGCUGCCAGCAGAAGAGGUACGAAAAAUCAAUCUAUACAAUGAAGGAGAUCUAACUCAUUUUGACCAAAAGCUUGAGGGGUUCAGCUUGAAACGAUGUUGGGAAGAGUGCCUUGCAAAAUCGAAGUAUCAUUUCAGAAGAAGAGACAUUGAGAAGUUCAACCAGAAGAAUCGCUGGAAGAAGAGGGGCAUAGCCAUUAUUCCUACCAAGUUUGGGAUCAGCUUCACAGUUCCUUUUCUGAAUCAGGGUGGUGCAUUGUUACAUGUUUACACUGAUGGUUCGGUGUUGCUUACACAUGGUGGGACUGAGAUGGGUCAAGGUCUGCACACCAAGAUGAUCCAGGUUGCCAGCAAGACUCUGGGAAUCCCUACCUCUAAGAUCCAUAUAAGUGAGACAAGCACCAACACGGUACCAAAUACAUCACCAACAGCUGCUUCUGUCAGUGCUGAUAUCAAUGGGAUGGCUGUUUUUAACGCUUGCCAGACCAUCUUAAAACAAUUGGAGCCAUUCAGAUGUGCUAACCCAAAAGGAUCAUGGGAAGAUUGGGUGUUAGCAGCUUAUCAUGACUGUGUGAGUUUAUCAGCUACAGGAUUUUACAGAAUUCCUAAUGUUGGCUAUGACUUCUCGAAGAAUGAAGGAAAGCCUUUCAAUUACUUCUCCUAUGGUGUCGCUUGUUCUGUGGUUGAGAUAGAUUGUCUGACCGGUGACCAUAAGAAUCUUUACACUGAUGUUGUGAUGGAUGUUGGCACCAGCCUGAAUCCAGCUAUAGAUAUAGGACAGAUUGAGGGAGCAUUUGUCCAAGGAAUUGGGCUGUUUACUCUGGAGGAGCUACGCUAUUCUCCAGAAGGCAACUUGUAUACACGGGGCCCUGGAAUGUACAAGAUCCCUGCAUUCGGUGACAUUCCAUCAGAGUUCCAUGUUUCUCUUCUCCGGGAUUGUCCAAAUAGCAAAGCCAUUUAUUCAUCUAAGGCUGUGGGUGAGCCUCCAUUGUUCUUAGCAGCCUCUGUAUUUUAUGCUAUCAAAGAUGCAAUUGUCUCUGCAAGGGAAGAAUCUGGACUGAAAGGAAUAUUCAGAUUAGAUAGUCCAGCUACUCCAGAAAGAAUACGCAAUGCUUGUGUUGAUUCCUUCACCAAACUGUGUCCACCUGCUGAACCAGGAACUUUCAAACCAUGGUCUGUGAGCGUAUGAAUGAAGACAUCUCUAGAAAUUAGCUCCAGGGACCAACAAAGCAGCACCUCUAAGCUGAAAUCAGAACUGUAUUCCGUGUCUACUGAUUGAGAAAGCGUUAUAAUGUAAUUGUGGAAGCAUUGACGUUGAUCAAGAAAAAUGUUAUUGUUGAUAAAUUAUUGCAGAUGUUAUAUGUAACAAAGGGAGAGAGAAAAUUACUUUUCUUUUGUGAACAGAAAGAUUGCAAUGGUUCCUUUAAGCUUGCAGUGAAGAUCAGGGAAACACUAUGUAUAUGUUCACUUUUCAAGUGCAGUCAUGGUACCCAGCCUCAAAAAUGUAGCUUUAGCUGCAGUGGAUUAAUCAUCAUCAUAACAUCUAAUUUCGUCUUAAUUUUUUGGAUGGAUCACUGAAGACGGUAAGACAGUCAAGAGAGGCCACUGUUUCCUUUUCCUUUUGUGUACUAAGAAUGAGAGAGGUAGUUUAAUGUCUAACAGAGGCACUUUUGGCCCCUGUUUGCAGCUUCCUAUUCUUGCAAAUUUGCUAGAGUAAAAUCAGUGUUAUUUCCUUAGUCAGAGUGAGACAAUCACCCCAGGGAGGAGAUGCAAAGCCUAUAAUGAUCCAAUAUCCAAAUCCAUGGGAUUAUGAUCUAUUGAACUCAGUGGGACUUACUUUUGAGUUGGCAUGAACAGAAUAUCAGUAACCUAUAUGUGUAUAUAUCAUAGAAAGCUAUUUUUCUCACAACCUAUGGAGCAUAAUCUUCAGUUUAAUUUUGUCAAAAAAUGGAUAGGCUAAACUGAGGAUUGUGGGAUUGCACAAAAGCACAAUUUGUGGGGGCUUAUUAGGGAAUACUGUCUUCCCAUUUUUUGCCCUAUAUUGUUUGUUCAGUGUAGUGUUUAUUUAACCAAACACUCCGCUACAUGAAUAUUGAUUUUUUUCCUUUUAUCCAUUUUGUGCUAUGAUACUUUUAUGUGUAGGCUAGGAUUAUUAUUAUUGCAAUUCUGUACUCAGGGUGAAUAUGUCCAAAAUUCACACAUUUUAAAACUGAUAUGGAAGCCUAGUUGGCAAAGGAAGAAAGCUAGAAUAAGGUUGAAAAAACUGUGAUUUUGAUUCAUUAGAGGGGAUUUUAUAUUGCCAAUUAGAGAGUUAAAGGGUUGAGAUAAGGGGAAUUUUGGUAUUAGACUUAAAAUAUUUAGAAACCAGUUGAAAAUAAGGAUUUUAUCGAUUUAAUAUUUAAAAAUUAGACUUAAAAGGGGAUAUUGUGUUAGUAAAUAGAUGAU